AGUGACGUUUCAAGCUAAACCCGGAAACAAACGAAACUGUAUAACAACACAAACAGUAAGUGAAAUAGCUUGUGUUUCUAUCUUCUCGGCGGGAUAUGCAAAGGUGAAAAUCUAAUAUUAUAUACUUUUAAACAACACUGCAGUUGCACGAGUGUCUUUUGUUUUGUUUGUCGUUGGUAGAAGAUGGAGACUCGCUUCACGAAAGGUAAAUCAUCCAUACUGGAGAGGCCUCUGUCUCGCCCCAGGACCGAGGUGAGCGUGUCCGCCUUCGGCCUGCUCUUCUCGGAGGUGGUGCAGUAUUGUCAGAGCCGGGUCUACUCCGUCACCGAGCUCCAGGCCAAGCUGUCCGAGCUGGGACAGCGGGUGGGGGCCAGUCUGCUGGACGUGCUGGUGCUGAGGGAGAAGAACGGCAAGAGGGAGACCAAAGUGUUAAAUAUCCUGCUGUUUAUUAAGGUAAAUGUUUGGAGAUCCCUGUUUGGAAAAGAGGCCGACAAACUGGAGCAGGCCAAUGACGACGACAAGACUUACUACAUAAUCGAGAAGGAGGCUCUUGUGAACACAUAUAUCUCUGUUCCCAAAGACAACAGCACUUUGAACUGCGCCGCCUUCACUGGAGGCAUCGUUGAGGCCAUUCUCACCAACAGUGGCUUCCCCGCUAAAGUCACUGUCCACUGGCACAAGGGCACCACGCUCAUGGUCAAGUUUGACGAGGCGGUCAUCGCCAGGGACAAAGCUCUGGAGGGCAGAUAGAGACGAGUCAAAACGCACCAACCAGCAACUUGAGCAAAUGCUGUAGAAAAGGCAAAAUUCUUCAGCUGUCUUCAGCUGAAUUUGCCAUUUGUUUUUUUGUUAAAGGCCCAGAUCUCUCUAUUCUCUUAUCUGUGUUCUAAUGUUGUUUGCUCAUCACAAACAGACCUGGAGUUGUGUUUUGUUUCGUUUACACAUAUUUAACACACAAACCCUGUAUAUUUAGGCUGAGUACUUCUCUCAAACAGAAAACAAUACAGUACAGGAAGUGUUCCACUGUGUUUUUAAACUCCAUACACCUUCACUAUAAUCAUUUAGAUAAUUUCAGUCCUGGAAUGUCAAUCGCUACUGAACAUCAAAGUUACCACUUCAUAUCAUGUGUCUACAUUUCUAAAGCAUUUUGAGCUUUAGAAAUGUAGACAGAUUAAUAAUGCGCUCAUAAGUCUCAAAAAUGUGUCAAUGAAACAAAACACAACUCCAGGUGUGUUUUUGAGUGAGGUAACAACCUUCUAACAUGGCUUAAAGCUUAAAGAGUUAGUUUUGUGUAAUAUUGGACCCUUAAGGUCAAUUGUAAAAGAAAAAUUCAAAUCUGUCACUGGACAAAAAAUUGUAGGAGUGAAGUCAUGUUGCUCCUCAUCCAAAAACUGAACUGAACUGUGCGUAACUCAUACUUAGCACAAUCGUACAUGACCCUAAUGUGUGCUCUUACACCUAUUAGCAUAGUGGCUAUUAGCAUACUGGCUACCACUAUUGUUUUCUUUGUCUUGAUUUGAGUCUGAAGAUGGAGUUAUAAAUAGGAGAUAGAUGAUGUCUAAAGUCAAUUACACAAACGUGUCCAAACAUGUUUUCUGUCAAGUCAUAAAGCCCUGAAUGAGAGUGCAAGGCUUCAUGGGGCCCAUCAUGUGACCUAAAGUUUACAAAAUCCAUGGUUUACUGACAGUAUCUGUUAAAGAGUUGAUCUGUGUGUCACUGUUAAAUAUGUUUAAAUGUAUGAAAAUAAGAUUUCUUAAUCUGUUCUUUGAAAGUGUCAACAAUGACCACACUGCAACAAUGGAAAUGUGGAGUUGUGAAAUGUAAGGAGAGCUCAUUAAACUGUCACUGUCAUUGCCACUAUGAGAUUUAAAGUUUGCCCAUAAAUGUGCUUCUUGGUUUAUUUAUUUAAUUAUGUAUAUCGUGUUUUUCAUUUCUCGGUGACAUGUUUGACGCUUUGUAUCUGUCACGUUCUGAAACUGAAAAACACUCAAAUAAACUUGAGUUGAAUCCUGU